UGUUCUGAUUCUAAUGAAGAUUCCCGCCCAUCCCAGGGAGUUUUGUCUAUUUUACUCUCCGGAGAUCCAGUCUGUACAACAUGUUAUAGGAGCAGCACCUACUGUAGAUGUCAUUUCAACAAACAGGUGGGAAAAGGACUUAGCCAGUAAGUUUUCUGACACUCAGUGGUUGGCAGCAUUUACGAUAUGAAUUCAUCUAAAGAGAUUUUUCCAUCUAUAAAGAACACUGUUCUGGAUUCAACAUCCUCUGAUUUAACACUUUAUCUUCAGUCUCUGGUUAACAUGGGAGCGAUAUCCUUGGAAUAUUACCUUAGUUUGCUUGGUGAGAGGGACAUUGAGGACCUCUGCAGGAAAACAGCCUUACCUUCAGUAGAAAAUCCUGAUGGUUGCAAUGUACUCGUUUCACCUACAUGUGAGAAAGAGGAAAUUCCUACAGUCUUUGACACAUUAUCAGCCCUGCAUGCAAAAGAAAGCUGCUUGAACCUAUUAUACAGUGAUAUAGAUGUGGCAAGUGAGUUACAAGACACAGAAAUGGAAGAUAUUGAAAACAUAGCCUUGGGUUUUACAGACUGCAAAGACCUGCUAACAGAUGAUGUUGUACUGACAACUAUUGAUAUCUCAGAUAUUGAGGAACUAGUCAAUUAUACAAAUGGUGAUGGAAACAAUCGUAUGGAUGAUCUGCUGAAUGGAUUUAGUGAACCUAGAGAAUGUGAAGAACCACCAAGGAAACAUUCAAGAAGAAAUUGUUCUCGAAGACAAAGUCCUCAUUCCCAGAAACCAAGACAGAAAAGGAAGAUGAAAAGUACAGAUACAUCAGAAUUAAAUGAAAGCUGUACUGAAAAUGAAACACCAAAGUCCUUAAGCUUAACACAUAUCCCCUACUUACUUACACCUGCAGGAUCACUUGUAGGAUCAGGAAACACAUGUCAUCCUGGCCCUUUUCCUGUGGUUCAAGGAUCCCAUUUCCAGUUUAAGAUAAUACUAUGUCCCGCACCUGUUCCUGGAUCAGUACUAUCAUGCGUACCAACUACACCUCCAAUACCUGAGCACAAUGCAUUUUCUACAAACAGAAGCAUCCCAAUGUCUCCUGAUAGGAGAGUCUCCUGCAGUCCUUUUGCACCCAGUGCAGCUGAUUUGCCCAACUCACCAGAAGCCGCUUCUAUGCACUGUCCCUCAAUAGAAAUAGAUACAGACAAUACAAACAAAUGCAAAGAGACUCAAGUUCAACAUGUACAACAGGAAAAGCAACAAGAAAAGCAUAAACUUGUGAACUCCUUUAUAGAAGCUCAGAAACAACUAUGUCUUAAAACAUUUGCAUUGGAACAGGAUUCCCUUUAUACUGAAACAAUGCUUGUGAACAGUAGGAUCAAUCCCAAAACUGGAAAGGUUGUGAGCAAAACAGCAGAGAAGGAAUUACUAAAUUAUGAUUUGGCUGAAAAGGAAAGACAUACCCUUGAACUCUUGAAUCUGUUUGACGAUCCAAAAGAAAUGGAGACUAAAAUUAUUGCACUACUUGGACAGUCUGGAAUGGGCAAAACUGUACUUGUCAAAAAGAUCUGCCAUGAAUGGUCAACUGGGAAGUUUGGUCAGUUCAGCUUUGUCUUUUAUUUUGAGUGUAGAAAUAUGGAUGUAAGUAAGCAGUACAGCUUUAAGGACUUCCUUUUCAAGCUGUCUUCUUGUGCUCAAGAGAAGAACAUAGAUGUGUACCAGCAUAUUCUAAGGAAUUCGGAGAAGGUGCUUCUUAUCUUUGAUGGUUUUGAUGAAUUUCAGGACCCAGAAGGUCUUCUUCAUGGCUCCUUUACCACAUCACCUAGUAAAACCAAUAAAGCUAAGGACUUAUUCACUGGCCUUUUCCAGAAGAAGCUCCUACGUGGGUGCACCCUGCUGAUAACUGCAAGAGUCAGAGAAAGACUCAAUCAGUACUUGGGAAAAGUUGAUAAAAUCAUUGAGAUGAUGGGCUUUUCUCCUAGUCAAGUGGAAUGGUACAUCAAAGAGUAUUUUAAGGAAAGGCCAGAUUUCAGCAAUGCACUAGAAUGGAUAAAAGGUUAUCCAUAUGUGUUCAGCUACUGUUAUAUUCCUUUCAUGUGUAAAAUGAUGUGCUUAUUUGCAGAGGAGAAUUUAAAGACUCGAAACAAAGAGCUACCUUUGUCUUUAGCUGCUUUAUAUGAAGGCUUGUUUCAGAAAAACUUGCAUGCUCAUGGCACUUGUAUUGCUGAUGGGGCAGAGAUCCAAAAUCGCACAGUAGACGUGUCAUGUCUUGAUUUUGAAUCUGAAAAAAAAAAUUCAUUAGAAUUACAAAGUCAAAGCCUACCUUCUGACACUGGAGAUGCACUGGGACUGGGUCAAGGCACUGUCACACCUUCUAAUGCACUGGCACUGGUUCAAAACUUUUAUUUUGCAGUUAAUAUGCUUGACAAAAUAAAUGACAGGAACUUGGUUAGAUAUGUCUCUUUUGAUCCUAAAAAGAGAAGGAACCAAGAAAGUUGUCCAGACAUGGUACGGAGAUUCCUGAUUGGUCUGGUGUGUUACAACAAUGGGAUUUCCAGUUCAAAGUUAACCAAACAUGUUAAAAAACAAAAGAAAAUGAUUGCAUAUUUUCAAACCUUGGAGCUUUCAGAGUUCUGCCCUCAGAGACUUCUUGAAGUUUUACAUUGUGUAUAUGGAACAGAUAACCUGCGCCUCAUAAGUAGUUUAGACGUUACACUAGAUAAAGAACUUUCAUUUUUGGACACUCGACUUACCCCACCUGAUGUGUUUGUAUUGAAGAAGGUUUUGCAAAGGUCAGAAGAAAAGGUUUCCUUAGAUCUCAGGAAGACUGGUAUUGAUCAGAAAGGUUUAAAAGAACUGAUUAGCCUGAAAAAAAUACGCUCAUAUAGAGCCUCCCUCAGUGAUACGGUUAACCUCUGGAAGAUGUUGCUAGCUAACGGGCAUACUGUACUACUGAAGAAGUGCAUCAAAAAAUUCACUUUAGAACCUUUCAAGCUAGAAAGCCUGAAAGAUGUCACAGACCUAAAAGCUCUUGUAGACAUCCAGAAUGACGUUUGUAACUGCGCUUUAAAUUCAUGCCUGGAAAUUACGGAAAUUCCUGCUGUGAAAAAUCUGAAGAGGCUCACAUUUGGGCUCGGAAAGAAACACGGACAAGAUGGCUUCUUGAAGCUUGUGGAAAUUCUCCCCAAACUACCUGCUCUUCAACACUUAGAUCUGAACAACCUGACAGAGAAUCACAUUGGCGAUAAAGGAGUUGAGAAACUGGCAGAAAAAUUUCCUGAACUUCAAUGUCUCCAGGCCCUGGAUCUGUCACAGAAUAACAUUACUGGUGUGGGAGCAAAGAAACUAGCAGCUGCUCUGCCAUCUCUGCACUCAUUACAGACACUUAGCCUAUUUAACAACAACGUCUGUGAUAUGGGAGCUGAAGAGUUGGCCAGUAUACUUCCUGAUAUGACGUCACUUGAGGCUUUACACUUGGAUUGCAACAGGAUCACAUGUACCGGGGCUGAAAAACUUGCAGCAAGUCUUCAGAAGUGCCCUAAAAUGAGAAGUCUAAGGAUGUAUAGUAUGACCAUCCCUCAUGGCACUCUACAGCGUCUUCAGCAGCGAGAUUCUCGAAUCAGCUGUCUUACCAUCGGGUGAAAAGAUGUGAAAUGAAGAAAAAUUACUCUGAAUGAUAAAACGGAAAACGCCCAAAGUGAAAAAGCCAAGCAUUUGCACAUUUGUAUGUUUCACAAUUGCACUAAUGUCCAGUUGACAAGGUUUUUUUUUUUUUUUGCUCCUUUGUGCCAUAAUAACAAAACUUAUUAUUGUAGGGUGAUGAAAACAGGGGCUAAAGUCAUUAAAGGGGUACGCCAUUGCUCAGUGUUUGGAACAAACUGUUCCAAACGCUGGAGCCAAGAGCUUGUGAUGUCAUAGUCCCGCCCCCUCAAUGCAAGUCUAUGGCGUCGGGAGCUUGUGACAUCAUAGCCCCGCCCCCUCAUGACAUCACGCCCCCCACUCUCAAUGCAAGUCUAUGGGCUAGGUGGCCGGGCUAUGAUGUCACGAGUUCCCGUCGCCGGCUCCAGCGUUCAGAACAGUUUGUUCCGAACACUUAGCAGCAGAGUACCCCUUUAAAUACAAGGGUACCUGCUGGCAGAUACAUUACUGCUCGGUGAUACAAAAGGCUUAAAGGGGUACUCCGGUGGAAAGUUAAACAGGUUUGUAAA